GGCGCCUGUAAUCCCAGCUACUCGGGGGGACUGAGACAGGAGAAUCCCUUCAACCUGGGAGGUGGAGGUUGCAGUAAGUCAAGAUGGCACCCCUGUGCUCCAGCCUGGGCGACAGAGCGAGACUCCAGCUCAAAAAAAAAAAAAAAAAAAAGGAAUCGGACGAAGAACCACAGGAUGUUGAAGACAACUGUCUGAAGUAUUUGUGAGGGACAGUGAUGUGGUCCUCUGUGUUAAAAAUAACGUGUCCUGCUUUGGCAGAGAGGAGAAGAAAAUGGCCACUGCCCGCUUUCAAGGCAAGAUCAGCCUUUUUUGUUUUGUUUUGUUUUUCUUUCUUUUUCCUGGCCAUGAGGACAAAAAUCACUGAGUGGCCCUUAAAGAGGGAUGUUUCUUUUCAGCUGUUCUCUUUUGCCUGUAGGUGGGAGGGUGGGGAUUGCUGCGUCCUAGCUAGAGGAAUGGCUUUGCUUGAAUGUGUAGUGCACACGCACGGGUGUUUCUGUGUGCUAGUUGCUUCUUGCUGCUGCUUCCUGCUUGUCUGGGACUCACAUGCAUAACGUGAUAUAUAUAUAUAUAUAUAAAUGUAUAAAUAUAUAUUUUAUUUUUUUUUAAUUCCCUGGAGCUUUCAGUUCCCAUCAGUUCCUGUUGUUAAUCAUAGAACCCUUGUCCCUUCCCCCGUUCCCAUCAUGUUCUUUUUCUUUUAAAUAUCAAUAUAAAGAUAGAAGAAGGACUUGUGCUUUCUUAAUGAGGAGGGCGGUGGAGCACGGUGGCUCACGCCUAUAAUCCCAGCACUUUGGGAGCCCAAGGCGGGCGGAUCACUUGAGGUCAGGAGUUUGAGACCAGCCUGGCCAACAUGGUGAAACCCUGUCUCUACAAAAAAAAAAAAAAAAAAAAAAAGGGCGGGGAGGACCCUGGGAGAGGGGCAAGGGCCAGAUUCUUGGGUCUAGUGGGAGAAUGGGGUUGGUGUCAAGACAACCUUGGCUUCAUCAGAAGAUACUAGCUGAGUCUGGGUCUUCUAAAUGACUUCCUCAAACCAGGAGGGCUGGGUGGGAUAGAAAUGAACUAGACUUCUCCCUCCUUGGAGUCUGUCACCUGAGCACCUCACAAAUACAAUGUCCUAAUUUGAGUGAAGGAGCUUUCCUCCCCAGUCACCUCGUCCUCCCAGGCUCCCCAUUUCAGUAAUAGCCUCUCAGAGCUGAGAACCCAAGCACAUGGUGGUACCUUCCCUCCUCUCCUCAGUCAGUCCCUCAUCAAACACUGUCUAUUCUUCCUCCUAAAUACCAUUUCUACCGCCCUCUUCUCCAGGUUCCUGGUCCAGCUCAAGUUCCAUUUUGUUUCACCUGAGCUAUUGCCCCAGCCUCCUUCUCCUCCAUCCCACCCUAGCUCCAGAGGGAUUCUUCCAUCAUGCAGAUCUGAUCUUGCCCUUCCCUGCUGAAGUCCUUCCGUAGCCCAUUGCCUGUAGGCACUACCAAAGCCCCUGGGUCUGGCCUUCACCAUCUGAUCCUGCCUAUAUUCCCACCAUCAGCUCCCCCCUUACCCUCCAAUCUAAGCCUCUGAAUAUACCUGGUCAACAGAAGACCUUCAUAAAGAUCAAAUGAGCUACUGCAACCAAUCUCUGUCCCACAGAAGGCCAUCUUGUCCAUUUCUGUAGGGUCCAACCCUAUGGGGCUUAGCAGGUGUUCUUCCCAUGUGCAGAGAUGAGAGAUUGUAAUAAAGGCACAAGACAAAAAGAGAAAGCAGCUGGGCCCCGGGGACCACUACCAUCAACACGCGGAGACCAGUAGUGGCCCAUAACAGCUGGGCGCGCUGAUAUUUAUUGCAUACGAGAUAAGGGGACAGAGUAAGGAGGGUGAAUCUUCUAAGUGAUUGACAAGGUGAAGCAAGUCACGUGAUCACAGGACAGGGGACCCUUCCCUCUUAGGUAGCCGAAGCAGAGAGAGAAGGCAGCAUACGUCAGCGUUUUCUUCCAAGAAAGAUCAAAGACUUUAAGACUUUCACUAUUUCCUCUACCACUUACUACUACGAACUUCAAAGAGGAGGCAGGAGUAAGGGAGGAGCAUGAAAGCGGACGAGGAGCGUGAUCAUUGAAGCACAGCACCACAGGGAGGGGUUUAGGCCUCCAGAUGACUGGGCAGUCCUGGAUAAUAUCCAGCCUUCCACAAGAAGCUGGUGGAGCAGAGUGUUCCCUGACUCCUCCAAGGAAAGGAGACUCCCUUUCGCGGUCGGCUAAGUAACGGGUGCCUUCCCAGACACUGGCAUUACCGCUUGACCAAGGAGCCCUCAAGUGGCCCUGAUGCGGGCGUGACAGAGGGCUCACCUCUUGCCUUCUAGGUCACUUCUCACAACGUCCCUUCAGCACCUGACCCUAUACCCGCCGGUUAUUCCUAAGUUAUAUUAGUAAUGCAACAAAGAGUAAUAUUAAAAGCUAAUGAUUAAUAAUGUUUAUAAUAAUGAUUGAUAAUUGUCCAUGAUCAUCUCUACAUCUAAUUUGUAUUAUGACUAUGCUUAUUCUAACUAUUUUCUUUAUUAUACUGAAACAGUUUGUGCCUUCAGUCUCUUGCCUGGGCACCUCGGUAAUCCUCCGCCCACACAUUUCGCGGACCUCAGGAGAAUCACAAAUACACAAAUAAAUAUAAGCCCUACAAAAUUCCCAGAUCAGGCCCGGCGGGUGGCUCACGUCUGUAAUCCUAGCACUUUGGGAGGCUGAGGCUGGUGGAUCACGAAGUUAGGAGAUUGAGACCAUCCUGGCCAACACGGUGAAACCCCGUCUUUACUAAAAAUACAAAAAUUAGCCGGGCCUGGUGGCGUGCGCCUGUAGUUCCAACUACUCAUGAGGCUGAGGCAGGAGAAUCGCUUGAACCUGGGAGGCGGAGGUUGUAGUGAGCCGAGAUCGCGCCACACUGCACUCCACCCUUGGGAGACAGAGCGGGACUCCGUCUGGAAAAAAAAAAAAAUUCCAUGAUCCGCCGGCGCGGAGGCUCACGCCUGUAGUCCCAACACUGGGAGGACAAGGCGGGAGGAUCGCUUAAGCCCAGGAGUUCAAGACCAGCCUGGGCAACACAGCAAGACCUUGUCUCUAUUUAAAAAAAAAAAGUUUUAAAGAAAAUUCGAUGAUCACACAACCCGCUAUCUGCAUCUACAUCCGCAAAAGCAAUUGGGGAGAGAUACCGCAAGGGAGGGAAGUGUUCCCCUGGAAGGGGAGAAGGAAAGGCCAACUUGGGCACACACUCUCGUUGGAUGAGCAAAGGCCUCCUUUUCAUUUCUGCAGCGUCCACUCUUGGGCUCCAACCCACUCCAUCACUGUCUUCUUAAAGGACUCCUCGCCCACCCUUCUCUCCCAUCCCAUGCCUGAAUCGCUUCUGGAAGGCAUCCGAAAGAACAGCUAUAGAACUCUGGGGUGAUACGUUGGUUAACUCGGGAAAGAACUCAAGGACACUGGACUAGAACGUGGUGGGAUUCCCAGGUCGGUUUCGGGGCCAUCCCCGCCGCCUAUCCUUCGCCCUAGGUCACCUGGAGGUGGCUGGAAGGCCAGUGGACUCCACAUUUAGGGAGAGUGGUUACAAGAGGACUCGGAUUCCCCCACCUUCCCUUCGGCUUUGGGAAUCCCAGGAAACCCUCCCCGAACCCCUAAAAAGUCCCAGAGAAGGUGUGCUGGGCGUCCAGAGACCCUCCCAGGCGCCGCCGCAGCGUCCCGCCCAGCCUCGCGGGGCACGCCGGGAGGCGGAGUUCUCGGUCGCGUCCCGAGAGUGGCUGGUCCGCAGGCUCGGACUACCAGUCCCAGAAUGCACUGCGCCCGCAGCCUGGGGCGGGCCGUGGUUGCCCCUGGCAACAGAGCGGGUCUCCCGGGAGCUGGGACUGGGAAGCGCUCCCGAGCCGGGGAGGCGCAGAGCCCGACCAGAGAGAGGCGGGGACGCGGGUAGAGCGACCAAGAGGUGUGGAGGCCGGAAGAGACUGACCGCGCCGGCCCUCGGAGAGACCCCCUUCCUGAGAGGGGGCGCACAGAGAGGAAGCCGAAGCCAGCGAGAUCUAGAGAGAGGGAGACUGGGAUUGAAUCACAGACACUCAGAGGGAGGGAGAGACCUCAGAGACAGAGAGAUUCACAGGGCCAGAGAGACACGUAGAGUGGGUCAGAGAAGAGGACAGAGGACAGAGACAUAGACAGAAAAGAGAGGAGGGAGAGAGACUGAAUCACAGAGACACAGGGAGAGAGGGAGAGACCUCAGAGAUGGAGAGAGACUCACAGGGCCAGAUAGACACAUGGAGUGGGUCAGAGAAGGGGACAGAGAGAGACAGAGACACAGAAAAGGGAAGAGGGAGAGAGACUGAAUCACAGAGACACAGAGAGGGAAGUCUCUAUCUAGAGACCCUCGACAGAGAUUCCUAGAGCCAGAGACACAGAGAGAUUCAUAGAGACAUAUAGAGAGAUUCAGAAAGCCUGAAUCACAGAGAUUCCCAGAGCCAAAGAGACAAACAGAGAGCGAUUCGUAGAGCCAGAGACACAGAGAGUCAGGGAGUCAGAGAGACAUAGAAAGAGAUUCAUAGAGCCGGAGACACAGAGAGAUUCAGAGUCAGAGAGACACAGAGAUUCAUAGAGCCGGAGACACAGAGAGAUUCAGAGUCAGAGAGACAUAGAUUUCUAGAGCCAGAGACACAGAUUCAGAGAGUCAGAGAGACAAAAAGAUUCAGAGAGCCAGAGACACACAGAGAGUGAAUCACAGACACAGAGGGACCUGGAAAUCCCCAGAAACAGAAAGAGAUUCAUAGAGCCAGAGACACAAAUAGAGAUUGGGUCAGAGAGAAAGGGACAGAGACAGAGAAGAGAAGAGGGAGAGAGACCCCCCUAGCGUCAGAGAGAGAGAGAUCAACAGAGCCAGAGAGGGGCAAGCACGGAGAAACAGAUGGAACCAGAGAGAUAUAGGAAGAGACAAACAAAAACAGAGAACGAGUUGCAGAACCGGAGGAAGGCAGAGAGACAGAGACAAAGGCAUUUAUAAAGACGAGUGGAGGUGAGGAGAGAGAGGGAGAGACAGGGGCAAGCAUUUAGAGAGUGACUCCCAGAGAGGAAGACAGAGACGGACUCCCAAAGAGAUCAAGUUGCAGAGGGAGGGAGAGACAGUCGCAGCCUGAGAGAGAACAGAGAGUCACAGAGCCAGAGACACAAAGACAGGGAAAGAAACAGACUCGGGGAGACAGAGGCGGAAGAAUGUAUCAGACGUAGAGGCAGAGACAGAGGGAGACUGAUUCACAGUGAGGCAGACCAAGACCUUGAGAAGGACCACGACACCAAGACCCAGAGAUGGCGACAGAUACAGAUGGAGACACACAGCAGAGGAAAUAGAGAAAUAGAAAGAAAUAGAAACAGCAUUUCUCGAAGACAGGGAAAAGAAAACAGAUCCACUGAGAGGCAGAAACAGAGACACAUCGAGAAAGCUCGCUCCAGGAAUAGAGGGAGAGGGACAGAGGUCACAAGAAAGACACACGCAGGCAGAGAGCUACACAAAUAAUGGAGAGGCCAGAGGAAGAAAUAAAGACUCAGCCGGCAUCAGAGAAAAAAGGCAGGAUCCUGGUCCCUGCUACGUUUCUGGGGCCAUGGCUGGUCUGGGCCCCGGCGGAGGCGAUUCAGAGGGGGGACCCCGGCCCCUGUUUUGCAGAAAGGGGGCUCUGAGGCAGAAGGUGGUCCACGAAGUCAAGAGCCACAAGUUCACCGCUCGCUUCUUCAAGCAGCCCACCUUCUGCAGCCACUGCACCGACUUCAUCUGGGGUAUCGGAAAGCAGGGCCUGCAAUGUCAAGUCUGCAGCUUUGUGGUUCAUCGACGAUGCCACGAAUUUGUGACCUUCGAGUGUCCAGGCGCUGGGAAGGGCCCCCAGACGGACGACCCCCGGAGCAAACACAAGUUCCGCCUGCAUAGCUACAGCAGCCCCACCUUCUGCGACCACUGUGGUUCCCUCCUCUACGGGCUUGUGCACCAGGGCAUGAAAUGCUCCUGCUGCGAGAUGAACGUGCACAGGCGCUGUGUGCGUAGCGUGCCCUCCCUGUGCGGUGUGGACCACACCGAGCGCCGCGGGCGCCUGCAGCUGGAGAUCCGGGCUCCCACAGCAGAUGAGAUCCACAUAACGGUUGGCGAGGCCCGUAACCUAAUUCCUAUGGACCCCAAUGGUCUCUCUGAUCCCUAUGUGAAACUGAAGCUCAUCCCAGACCCUCGGAACCUGACGAAACAGAAGACCCGAACAGUGAAAGCCACGCUAAACCCUGUGUGGAAUGAGACCUUUGUGUUCAACCUGAAGCCAGGGGAUGUGGAGCGCCGGCUCAGCGUGGAGGUGUGGGACUGGGACCGGACCUCCCGCAACGACUUCAUGGGGGCCAUGUCCUUUGGCGUCUCAGAGCUGCUCAAGGCGCCCGUGGAUGGCUGGUACAAGUUACUGAACCAGGAGGAGGGCGAGUAUUACAAUGUGCCGGUGGCCGAUGCUGACAACUGCAGCCUCCUCCAGAAAUUUGAGGCUUGUAACUACCCCUUGGAAUUGUACGAGCGGGUGCGAAUGGGCCCCUCUUCCUCUCCCAUCCCCUCCCCUUCCCCUAGUCCCACCGACCCCAAGCGCUGCUUCUUCGGGGCGAGCCCAGGACGCCUGCACAUCUCCGACUUCAGCUUCCUCAUGGUUCUAGGAAAAGGCAGUUUUGGGAAGGUGAUGCUGGCCGAGCGCAGGGGCUCUGAUGAGCUCUACGCCAUCAAGAUCUUGAAAAAGGACGUGAUCGUCCAGGACGACGAUGUGGACUGCACGCUGGUGGAGAAACGUGUGCUGGCGCUGGGGGGCCGGGGUCCUGGCGGCCGGCCCCACUUCCUCACCCAGCUCCACUCCACCUUCCAGACCCCGGACCGCCUGUAUUUCGUGAUGGAGUACGUCACCGGGGGAGACUUGAUGUACCACAUUCAACAGCUGGGCAAGUUUAAGGAGCCCCAUGCAGCGUUCUACGCGGCAGAAAUCGCCAUCGGCCUCUUCUUCCUUCACAAUCAGGGCAUCAUCUACAGGGACCUGAAGCUGGACAAUGUGAUGCUGGAUGCUGAGGGACACAUCAAGAUCACUGACUUCGGCAUGUGUAAGGAGAACGUCUUCCCCGGGACGACAACCCGCACCUUCUGCGGGACCCCGGACUACAUAGCCCCGGAGAUCAUUGCCUACCAGCCCUACGGGAAGUCUGUCGAUUGGUGGUCCUUUGGAGUUCUGCUGUAUGAGAUGUUGGCAGGACAGCCUCCCUUCGAUGGGGAGGACGAGGAGGAGCUGUUUCAGGCCAUCAUGGAACAAACUGUCACCUACCCCAAGUCGCUUUCCCGGGAAGCCGUGGCCAUCUGCAAGGGGUUCCUGACCAAGCACCCAGGGAAGCGUCUGGGCUCAGGGCCUGAUGGGGAACCUACCAUCCGUGCACAUGGCUUUUUCCGCUGGAUUGACUGGGAGCGGCUGGAACGAUUGGAGAUCCCGCCUCCUUUCAGACCCCGCCCGUGUGGCCGCAGCGGCGAGAACUUUGACAAGUUCUUCACGCGGGCGGCGCCAGCGCUGACCCCUCCAGACCGCCUAGUCCUGGCCAGCAUCGACCAGGCCGAUUUCCAGGGCUUCACCUACGUGAACCCCGACUUCGUGCACCCGGAUGCCCGCAGCCCCACCAGCCCAGUGCCUGUGCCCGUCAUGUAAUCUCACCCGCCGCCACUAGGUGUCCCCAACGUCCCCUCCGCCGUGCCGGCGGCAGCCCCCCACUUCACCCCCAACUUCACCAUCCCCUGCCCCAUUCUAGAUCCUGCACCCCAGCAUUCCAGCUCUGCCCCCGCGGGUUCUAGACGCCCCUCCCAAGCGUUCCUGGCCUUCUGAACUCCAUACAGCCUCUACAGCCGUCCCGCGUUCGACUUGAGCGGAGCCCAAUAUUCUCCCUGACCUUAGCGUUCUGGACUCUGCCCCAAUCGGGCCCAGAGACACCACCACACCACUAACCAUCCCCAACUCCAUGAGGUUCGAGACUCCAUCUUGGUAGUUCUAUGCCUCCCCCCAGACCCCGCCCCUGGGGAAAUAGCCUCACGGGGUUGGCUGUUCCAGACUCAGGUUCCAGAACAACCCUCAGCCUCCGAGGCCCCCCGCCUCCACUCCAGUUCUAGAUGAGUGGGAGACGUGCCCCCCUCCUCCAGUACGUCCCGCUGCUGUGCUCUGGGGAUUUCUGGGAUAUAUGGAGGAUUCUUUCCCCAGCGGCUCCCAAUCAGCUUUUGUUCUAGACUUCCCCACCCCGAAGCCAUCACUGCUCCCCGCAGCUCGCCUGCUGUGCAUGGCUCCUGUCUGGCUCGGACCCACCCCAACCCUCCCCAGUGCCUGCCACUCUCUGGAACUCUCCUCCUCCCCUCCUCUUCCCUUAGCCUCUCCCACCCGGCCACAGCUGCUGGAGAAUAAAUUUGGGAUGCUGAUGCUGAA